GCUCUGAACGCAGGACAGAACAGAUCUGUGGAUUAGAAUAUGCCACUGUGUCAGAGCAGAGGAGGAGGGCUCUUUUAGGAGUCAUCACGAUAAAAAUAACUUUAUUGUGGUGGAUCAUGUUUUGGUGGGAGGGAUAGUUUUCCCCCACUGGGCCAGCCCCAUGGGCAGCAGAUGAGCUGGAGAGGCGUGUGUGUGCGCGCAUGCUAGCUGUGCUGUAAGCAGAGGAACUCAGCCAGGCAAACCUCACUGUGCUCUUAACACACUCCAGCCGUGGGUGUUCUCUCUGCUCCAGAUGAUGCCGUGGGUGUAGCUGGUGCCUUCGUGGUGAUAUGAAUAACACACUGGAGGAGCUGAACACGCCUAGAAGCCUCGUGGAGAAAGCAGACAUUUUUCAGAGUGCCGAGAGGAACACGAGUGUCUUUCCCAGUCCGGCCCUCAUCCCUCUCCGGGCUCCUAAGGACCCUGCCCAUACCCAGCUCUCCAGGACGGCUCUCUGCAAGGCCAAUAGGAGAAGUGAAGAGGUCGAGGAGCCACUGUCCUGUCCGGUCCCCAACCCCUUCCCCGAGCUCACCUCCUCACUCGGCUCCCAAUGCCUCUGCAGUGCAACUCAGGUUAUCAAAGUGUACAAUGAGGACAACACCAGCCGAGCGGUCGAGGUUCCCAGUGACAUCACUGCCAGGGACAUCUGCCAGCUGUUUGUGCUGAAGAACCAUUGCAUCGAUGACCACAGCUGGACCCUGUUUGAACAACUCUCCCAUCUGGGCAUAGAAAGAACCAUAGAAGAUCAUGAAUCAGUCAUGGAGGUGCUUUCAAGCUGGGGCCUGGACACUGACAGCAGGCUUUAUUUCAGGAAGAACUAUGCCAAAUAUGAAUUCUUCAAGAAACCCCUGGAUUUCUUCCCAGAUCACAUGGUGUCCAUUUCAAGUGAAACCAAUGGGUUGAUGAAACACUGUGAGCUGGUCCAGACGUUUUUGAACUUGAGUACUUGUCCAGAGAUCCACGGACACCUCCAUGCCAAGGAGCAGGGCAGGAAGUCUUGGAAGAAGUUUUAUUUUGUCUUGAGGAGGUCUGGGCUGUACUUCUCCAACAAGGGGACUUCCAAGGAACCAAGACAUCUCCAGUUCAUCGCUGAGUUCAGUGACAGUGAUGUCUACACACUGCUGUCAGCCCGGAAGAACCACGGCGCUCCUACAGACUACGGCUUCUGUGUCAAGUCCAGUAAAGGGGCCUCCUCUCGGGACCUGAAGCUGCUGUGUGCUGAUGAUGAACAGAUCAGGACCUGCUGGGUCACUGCCAUGCGCCUGUUUAAGUACGGGAUGCAGCUGUACCAAAACUUUGUUCAGCCACACCAGAAACAGAAGUCUUCACCAAUGAGGAGCAUCUCUGAGAACUCGCUGGUGGCCAUGGACUUCUCAGGGCAGAAGAGCAGGGUGAUCGAGAACCCGUCCGAGGCGUUGUCUGUGGCCGUGGAGGAGGGCCUGACGUGGAGGAGGAAAAGCUGCCACCGGCUCAGCUCUCACGGAAGCCCUUCCACCUCCCAGAACCCCAUCUCCACUAUCGCUCUCCAUAUGGCCCAGCCCUGGUUCCACAGCAAGCUGUCUCGCGAUGAGGCCCAUCGCCUCAUCACUCAACAAGGUCUUAUUGACGGAGUGUUUCUCCUGAGGGACAGUCAGAGCAACCCCAAGAUGUUUGUCCUGUCGCUGUGCCACACACAGAGAAUCAAACACUUUCAGAUCCUACCUGUGGAUGAAGACGGGGACCUGUACUACAGCCUGGAUGACGGUCACACUCGCUUCACUGAUAUGAUCCAGCUGGUUGAGUUCUACCAGCUGAACCGGGGUGUCCUGCCCUGCAAGCUCAAACACCACUGUGCCCGCAUCACCCUCUGAACACACCACUGUGCCCGCAUCACCCUCUGAACACACCACUGUGCCCGCAUCACCCUCUGAACACACCACUGUGCCCGCAUCACCCUCUGAACACACCACUGUGCCCGCAUCACCCUCUGAACACACCACUGUGCCCGCAUCACCCUCUGAACACACCACUGUGCCCGCAUAGCCCGUGGGGCUGCUGUGGAGAACCACUCCAGCCCCCCCCCCCAACCCCUGUGCCUUGACCAGGAGCAUACACACAUGACACGGUAGCCACUAUGCUAACAGAAGUGAAACCACUGUUAGCACCCUGUGGAAAUGUGGUCAUGUCUUCAAAAACCAAAUUUCUUUUUUUUUUUUUUUAUAAAAGAUGAAAUGUAGGUUUUAUGAGAAGUGCAUUAUGAUAAAUCAGAAUUGACCACAGGUGUUUGCGGAAAAUUGUAUUGGGAGAGCGUGCAUGUACUGUAGGCUGGUCGGUCUGUGGCGUGUUGAUUAGUCCUGUAGGUUAGCCCGAAGGUGGAGUUAAAUCAUGAGGACAAGACCCAUGUUGUUGUGAAUUCCACACUUCAGUCCUCGUACUGUACUGUACUGUAUAUAUUGUAGAGCAGAAAACUGUUUUCGUUUUGAAAUCAGCUUACUUGAUCGUUAUAAACACUUUAGAGGAAUGAAAAUCUGGUACCACGACAAGCGGUCUAGUUGAUAGGUCUGCUGAGGUAUAGCCAUAAUCCUUGUGUGUUAUUGUCACAGUGAAGCUAAUUUGUGAAAUAAGUCAGGAAGGGGGUGUGUCUGAUCCAUCUGUUAACAAGGCAUGCUGGGAAAUGUAGUGCAGCACAGCUGUCAUCGCACCCAGGGUACAUUUCAGCUCUUGUUUCAUAUCUCAAGAUAUUCAGGUAUUUUCUAAAAAACAAUUAUUGUUUUUAUUGUGUUUGUGUGAGACGAUGACUUGCAGAGGAGAAUACCAGAUGUGUGCGUUGUGCUGUAGUGUGGACAUGCACACCUACACACACUAGUCUGCACUAUGCAUUCAGCUGAAACUGAUGGAUUUCAUUUGAAUCAACAUUGAAAACGCUGCGCACAUGCACAAUGCUAACGGCAGUUAAAGUUGAUUCGACAAAAUUAGAGAUUUACAACCACAGUGUAAGAUAAAUAUAUUGGGAUUUUGUUGAUCAUAUGAGAAUUGUUGUACAUUUAAAUUCAUUUUAUAGUCUUUCAUUUAAUUUUUUUUGUCACCCAUCUUAAUUCAGGUAAACGUGUGCAGCUGGCUAGCUAGCUGGUGUGUGGCACCCUGCAGCUUGUGAGCUAGCUGGUGUGUGGCUCCCUGCAGUGUGUGAGCUAGCUGGUGUGGCGCCCUGCAGCUUGUGAGCUAGCUGGUGUGUGGCGCCCUGCAGUGUGUGAGCUAGCUGGUGUGUGGCGCCCUGCAGCUUGUGAGCUAGCUGGUGUGGCGCCCUGCAGCUUGUGAGCUAGCUGGUGUGUGGCGCCCUGCAGCUUGUGAGCUAGCUGGUGUGUGGCGCCCUGCAGUGUGUGGGCUAGCUGGUAUGGCGCCCUGCAGUGUGUGAGCUAGCUGGUGUGUGGCGCCCUGCAGUGUGUGAGGUAGCUGGUGUGUGGCGCCCUGCAGUGUGUGAGCUAGCUGGUGUGUGGCGCCCUGCAGCUUGUGAGCUAGCUGGUGUGUGGCGCCCUGCAGCUUGUGAGCUAGCUGGUGUGGCGCCCUGCAGCUUGUGAGCUAGCUGGUGUGCGGCGCCCUGCAGCUUGUGAGCUAGCUGGUGUGGCGCCCUGCAGUGUGUGAGCUAGCUGGUGUGUGGCGCCCUGCAGCUUGUGAGCUAGCUGGUGUGGCGCCCUGCAGUGUGUGAGCUAGCUGGUGUGCGGCGCCCUGCAGCUUGUGAGCUAGCUGGUGUGGCGCCCUGCAGUGUGUGAGCUAGCUGGUGUGUGGCGCCCUGCAGCGUGUGAGCUAGCUGGUGUGGCGCCCUGCAGCGUGUGAGCUAGCUGGUGUGGCGCCCUGCAGCGUGUGAGCUAGCUGGUGUGGCGCCCUGGGCUCUGCAGUGGGGUUUGUUAUUGUCAGUUGCUGAAAUUUGGGCAAUCAUGCAGAGAACCUUUUCAACAUGUUUUAAAAGUAUCAAAUUGUAAUGUUCUAUAAAAUAAGUGGAAAUAUCAAUGUGAUAAAGCAUUGUAUUUGUUCCUUUUUAACCGAGAGAGAGCGGUACAUUUGACAGUUAUGAAUGUCAUGGACUGCAAUGUUUUCUAAAGAACACGUCGAUGUCUGUUUAGACAGUUCUGUUCUCUUAAUGGUUACAUAUCUAGAAGAUGCUGCAAGAUCAACACGCUAUAUACAUUCAUAAAAAGAUUGCAUAUACAUUGUUUUGGAUGACAUGUUAAUUGCACUGUAGUUGAAACACUGGUUAAAGACAAGAUACUCUGACUGUUAAAGGCUCUAGCUGUGUGUGUUUUGUAGUGCUUGCAUUUCUCCCAGGGCAGCAGGGCAUCCGUUUUAUACAGCCUAAACAGCCAAGUCUGAUAUGAACAUGUACUGUGUAUAUAUAAGUUAUGUCUUCUAUAAAGCUUUCUGUUUCCCCUUUU